AUGGCUUCCUUCAUCUCCAAAGCAGCGCUACUAACAGUAGCGUGGACGAAGCUCCUUCAGCCAGUCUUCGCAGCACCGUCGAAGAGCUCUCUCCCCAUCGUCGACCUAGGCUAUGAGCGCCAUCAAGCGGCCUACCAGAACUCCACAGGCAACUACUACAGCUUCUCAAACAUCCGUUACGCGGCGCCUCCAGUCGGGGACCUACGGUUCAGAGCUCCUCAGCCUCCCAAGCGGAAUCGAGGUGAGGUGCAGACGGGUGAACAGGACCGAAUCUGUCCUCAAGCUCAGCCCGCUUGGGGCCUGAUUAGUGGGCAAUUCAUCCCGGAGUAUCUCGCAGGACAGACCGAGUUCAACUCGUCUUCGUUCAACACCAGCACUGGCUCCGGCGGGCUGCCACAGGUUGACUCUAGGACAACCGAGGACUGUCUCUUCCUGGAUGUUGUCGUGCCGAAGGGGAUAUUCGACAAUGUCGGAAAGGGUUCCGGGGCGCCAGUUCUUGUGUGGAUCUACGGAGGCGGCUACACUGCAGGUGAAAAGUCCGGUGGCGCGGAUCCCGCUGGGCUCAUCCGUAGAAGCACCAACAAGGCGGCGACUGGCGUAAUUUACGUGAGCAUGAACUACCGCUUGGGGGCCUUCGGAUGGCUGUCUGGACCAUCUCUACAAGCCGACGGCACCGCGAACGCUGGUCUGCACGAUCAGCGAUUUGCACUUGAGUGGAUCCAGAAGAACAUCAAGAAGUUCGGUGGAGAUCCCUCUCGAGUGACCGUCUUUGGCGAAAGCGCUGGCGGCGGUUCCAUCAUGCAUCAGAUGACUGCCUACGGAGGCAGGAAGCCCGUGCCGUUCAACCAGGUCGUACCUCAGUCGCCUGGAUUCCUGCCAAUCGUGUCGAACCAGCAGCAAGAACAAACGCUGAAUGACUUCCUCGCUCUGGCGAAUGUCUCGACCAUCGCGGAGGCCAGGAAGCUGUCGUUCACGCAGCUCCUAAUUGCGAACACAAUCCAGGUCGGUUUGGCUGAUUAUGGUGGAUUUGUCUACGGACCUACAGUGGACGGCGACUUCGUUCCGGCAACACCGGGAGAGCUCUUCUUGCAUGGCGAAUACGCCAAAAACUUGAAGGUCAUGGUGGGUCACAACGCAAAUGAAGGACUUUUGUUCACCUCACCUUUCAUCCAAAACAACACCGCGUUCAGGCAAUACCUUCUCAGGUCCCUGCCUACCCUCCGAGCGUGGCCUUCUGUGACGAAGUACAUCACGAAGACACUCUACCCGCCUGUGUUCGACGGCAGCCAGGCACAAGGAUAUACCGAUCAGAUCGGACGUGCGUCGGCUGUCGCCGCUGAGCUCUCAUUUACCUGCAACACCUUCUACCUCGACAAGGCGUACAACAAUCAGACGUAUUCCUACUUCUUUACCGUUCCUCCGGCACUUCACGGCCAGGAUAUUGCCUACACGUACUACAACGGACCCGACCCCGAGAACGUGCAGAACCCGCAGAUUGCCAUUGCGCUGCAGGAAUACAUCACGAGCUUCGCUAUGGAUGGCAAUCCCAACGAGCGUGGCGUGCCGCACUUCCCGAUGUACGGGGACGAUGCAACGGUUCAGGUGUUGAAUGCUACGGGUAUCUCGCAGUUGAUGGAUCCGACCGCUAAUUACCGUUGCAAUUGGUGGCAGAAGGCGUUGUAUGCGUAG